AUGGAGAAAAGAGAAGACUUGAAGUCGGUUUUACCCUACCUACCAUUAUUGGUUCGUUCAUCAACUUUGUUUUGGCCAUCGAAAGUAGUGGAAGCUCUUAGAUCAACGGCGAAAGGUCCCGAACACAGCCGGGUCAACUCAGGAGAAGUGCUUUCUAUGUCCAUUUGUGACAUCAGAAGCUCGCUCUCUCUCUUUGAACCUCUCGCGCCUUUUGUCCUUAAUGGUUACGUGCUUUUCUUCGAUAAUCUGAAUAAGGAGGAUUUGUGCAACUUACAUCUCGGGCGGAAUCAACAAAGUGGUUUUGGAGAGGCUGUUCCGGCACUAGCAAAUUUUCUCUCGCAGUUGCCCUCUCUAUUAGAAAGUCACUAUCAAAAUGCAGAUGAUUUUCUUGGAAAAUAUGGCAUCAAAACGGGUCUCCGCAUAUUGGGUCCACAAGAAGCAGGCAUAGUUUUAAAUGUUGCUUUUCAAGAAUUGAUUGGUACUCUUCUUGCAUGCUCUUUCUUUUGUUUGUUCCCAGAAAAUAAAAUAAAGUGCAUUAUACAUUAUUAAAGGAUAUCCUCAUGUAUGCCUAUUGACUCUGUCUCAUUUGAGCAGAAGGUUCCUCCUUUUGAGGAAGAGAUCCGUUUCAUGAUCAAUCCAGAAUUAAUUGCUGGGAUGCUUUUCUUGCCUUCCAUGGCUGACAAUGACGCUACAGAAAUUGUUGGUGUAGAAAGAUUCUCAUUCUAUAAUGGGUAA